AUGUCACUUAAUAAUGAAGUUCAAGAAUUACGUUCUCCACCUCGUGCAUCAAGUGUUGUUAAAGAUUGUAUUCGUCAUACAUAUGAUUUCUUAGUUGUCAAUUGUGAUGAGAUGAAAGAAGCACAAGGAACAACAACAAAUCGUAUUGAACCAAGUCUUAAAUGUUCACAAUUUUGGAAUCAUUUUAUGUAUUUAUUAACACGUAUUAUUAAUGAAGAUCGAGAAAGAUAUAAUUUAGUUUUAAAUCAAUGGCUCGAACCAUUUGUAAUGCAAUGGCUUAAUGAAUAUGAUGAUAUGUCAAUGGAAUAUUUACAUAAUGCACUUGAAAAAGAUCGGUAA